AUCAAGAUUUGCCGGUGAAGAAGCUUCAUUCCUCGUUGUGGGGAGUCUUGGGACGGUGGGAAGCUUGGAGAAAGAGGGUUUUUUGGUUUUUAACACCAAGAAGAUAUAAUGUCGGAUCCUGCAUGGCAGUGGUGUACAAGGGUGAAUCCCAAAAAUAGAUUAAGAGUUAAGUGCAAUUAUUGUAAGCAAAUCAUAUCAGGAGGGAUUUCUCGCUUUAAACACCAUAUAGCUGGUACACACAGCGAUGUGGCUGCCUGCAAUGGCUCCCAAGAGAUCCCAUUGCCAGCGUAUGUAAAGCACCAGUGUCAGCAACUUCUUGAUGCAGUGAAAGCAAGUAGGAUUGAAAAGGACAUGGAAGAUGCGGAGGAAGGAUAUGGGGACCCACAUGAAGGAGAAGAAAGUGAAGGUGAAGAUGUUCAACUUGAACAAGAAGAUGUUGGUGUCAGUUUGGAAACAACUAAAGGGAAAGGCAUCAUGCAUGGUGGUGGUUCUUCUGCAACCAGAAAAAGAAGAGGUGCAAGUGUAAGUUCAGUUUCACGAGGACGUGGCAGAAGUCAGGGUCGUACUGGUGGUGGUAGAGUACCUACUAUGAAGUCGAGCAAUAUGUCUGGUUCGAUCAAGAAUUUUUUUCCCAAUUAUACUGCUGCUGGUGCUCAGCCUGAGAUUCGUAUAGCCAUGCAAUCAAAGGAUAUUAUUGAAGCAGCAGAUGAAACCAUAGGAAGGUGGUUCUAUGAUGCAUCCAUUCCCUUCAAUGCAGCAAACUCUUAUCAUUAUCAGCCUAUAGCAGAUGCGAUUGCUAGUGUAGGGCGAGGAUAUAAAAUGCCCUCUUUUCAUAAAUUGCGAGGUAAAAUUCUCAACAAUAUAGUUAGAGAUGUGAAGACAUAUUGUGAUGAACUAAAAUUGAGCUGGAAAGCUACAGGAUGCAGUGUAAUGGCAGAUGGGUGGACAGACAUCAAGAACAGAACAUUGGUAAACUUCCUUGUAUAUUGCCCUCUUGGUACUAUGUUCUUAAAAUCUGUUGAUUUGUCUGAUACUCCUAAUACUGCUGAUGUGUUGUUUGGGAUUUUUGAUAAAGUUAUAGAAGAAGUUGGGCCUGAAAAUGUCGUACAAUUUAUCACUGAUAAUGCAGCAAAUUAUAAAGCUGCAGGUGAAAUGUUAGCAGCACGAUAUGGGACAUUUUAUUGGAGUCCAUGUGCUGCUCACUGUGUAAAUCUUAUGCUUCAGGAUCUUGGUGAAAGGGAUGAUAUGAAGUUGACAGUUCACAGAUGCCAAGAAAUCACGAAGUUUAUUUACAAUCAUGCUUAUGUCUUGAAUUUGAUGAGGAAAUUCACAAAUGGGGCUGAAUUGAUUCGACCUGCACAAACACGGUUUGCUACAAAUGUUUUGACUGUGCAGGGUAUAGUCAAGCAAAGAACUUCUCUCAGGCAGAUGUUUUCAAAUGAUGAUUGGGCUGCAUAUCCACAUGCCUAUAAAAGAAAGGCUACGACAGUUGUGGAUACCAUCUUCGAUGUUGACUUUUGGGAAUCAUGUGUGCACUUAUUGAAGAUUUGUGUACCUCUAGUGAAAGUCCUCAGAUUAGUUGAUAGUGAAGAUAGACCUUCUAUUGGAUAUUUAUACGAGUCUAUGAAUAGAGCCAAGGAGGCCAUUAGAGAUAAUAUGAAGGGAAAAAAGAAGUUGUACAUGCCUAUAUGGAAGAUUAUAGAUGAAAGGUGGUCUGGACAACUUCAUCGCCCACUUCAUGCAGCAGCCUACUACCUAAAUCCUGCUAUUAGAUAUCUUCCCACUUUUAAGAAGGACAGAGAGGUCGAGUAUGGCAUGUUGGAUUGCAUUGAUGUGUUAGUAAGUGACAGUAAAGAACAAGACGCUAUCCAUAUGUCGAUCAACAAAUAUGAUACGGCUUCUGAUACCAUGGCGAGAGACACAGCAGUUCGAUGCAGGACAACUAUGCGUCCAGAUUUGUGGUGGGAAAGGUUUGGGCCUGAUUGCCCAGAAUUAAGGAAGCUUGCAAUUAGAAUCCUCAGUCAAACAUGUAGUGCAACUGGAUGUGAAAGAAAUUGGAGUGUAUUUCAACACAUCCAUAGUAAGAAGAGGAAUAGGCUGGAACAUAAAAGGUUGAAUGACCUUGUUUAUGUUCGUUAUAAUAUGAAGUUGAGACAAAGGCAACUAGAAACAACAUCUACGAGGAAGCAUCACAAUCAAUAUGAUCCUAUCUUCAUUGACCAUUUUGAUAUAUUAGAUUCUUGGGUUGAAGAAGAACCAGCUGCAAUACUUGAUGAGGACGAUCUUGAUUUUUUGAAUGUUGAAGGAGCAGUAGAGAUUGUUGAAGAAGGAGAGGUUGGGGGGAGCAAUGGAAUGUUGGUGACAUUCCAUUUGCAACAGAGGGAAUAGAAGAAGAAGUUAAUGAAGGAAGUGAAGAUGAUGAUGAAGAAUGAAGAUGAUGAUGCAAAUGACGAUUGACGAUGCUUUUUGUUUUGAGUUUUGAAAACUAUGUCAAUAUGUUCUGAGUUUUGACUUCUGAACUGUGAUGUAAUUGAAUACUCUUAGGUUGUUUAGUAUGUUAUUUUGUUUUUUGAAUGUUUGAUUUUUUAUUUUGGAAUGUCUUGUUCAUAUGCAUACCUCAUACUUCAUAGUUCAUAUACAUGAAUGAUGAAUGUUCCUUUAAAUACAUUUUUCUUGAAUUUUUCUGAUUUUUACUAGUUUUUUCGGAUUUUUUUAGAUUUUUUCUGAUUUUUUCUGAUUUUUUAUAAAUUUUUAAUAUUUUUUACAAAUUAAAAAAUUAAUUUUACGAUACGUUACGAUACAUUUACGCUACGUUACGAUACAGUGUAUAGGUCGGCCCGACCGAUACACGAUACGAUACGGCAGUGAUAACAUUGAUUGUAACAGUAUACUGGUCCAACAGCUUAUAAUUUGCGCGGAACCAGCAUCAAUGAAAAUAAAAAUGUAUUACUAACAAAGUAUGAUCCACUGAAGCCUUCAUCUAUGCAUAUUUCAGUACAGAAAAGAAGAAUAGAAAGCAUUUGGCUCCCACAAAGGAGUUCCACAACUAGCAGGUUGCAGCAUAAUGGGAGCCAAUAAUGUUCAAAACUGGAUUACUUCAGCUAAGCCGUUAUUUCAAAUGUUCUUUACACGAUCGAGCCUGAAAGGAGGGAAAUCAUCUGCAGAUAAUUAAACCAACGUGAUUAUAGAAUGGAGCAAGAAUAUCCCUUCUUUGGAAGUCAGCACGUGGCCUCU